AUGGCAAAUGGAGGUUUCCCUUUUCAAAUGUCGAUGCUCACAAAGAACAACUAUGACAAUUGGAGUAUCAAGAUGAAGGCGCUAUUAGGAGCUCAAGAUGUGUGGGAUAUCGUUGAGAAAGGCUUCAAUGAGCAAGAUGAAGCCUCACUAAGCCAAGGUGUAAAGGAGACAUUGAGGGAGUCAAGAAAGAGAGACAAGAAAGCUUUCUUCCUCAUUUAUCAAUCGGUGGAUGAAGAUACAUUUGAGAAGAUCUCCAAUGCAACGAAGGCCAAAGAAGCAUGGGACAAACUUCAAACUUGCAACAAAGGAGUGGAACAGGUGAAAAAGAUUCGUCUUCAAACUCUUAGAGGUGAUUUUGAAUGUUUAUUUAUGGAAGAGUCCGAGUCAAUUUUUGAUUAUUUUUCUCGAGUAUUGGCCGUAGUCAAUCAACUUAAAAGAAAUGGUGAAGAUGUUGAUGAGGUAAAAGUCAUGGAGAAAAUACUUCGCACUUUAAAUCCAAGUUUUGACUUCAUUGUUACCAACAUUGAAGAAAACAAGGAUUUAAAGACCAUGACUAUUGAGCAACUCAUGGGUUCCUUACAAGCAUACGAAGAAAAACAAAAGAGAAAAAUUAAACAAAAGGAGGCUAUGGAGCAACUACUACAACUCAACAUAAAGGAAGCAAAUUAUGCGAAUUACAAGAGCCAAAGAGGAUGA